AUAAGAGCUGGUCCUUGACGUGUCCAGCACCUCCACACAGGAAACAUCCACCUGAAGAAGAGAAGUUCAUUCUGCUGAAGGUGAUCAUCUUUAAUCUACAUCCACCAUGAAGCUGCUGACUCUCCCUUUACUUCUCUGUGCCAUGAUAGCUCUGAGCAGAGGUGCAGGAGAUGUGUCCCCAACUUGUUCUGAUAACUGGACUAAAAUCGGCAGUCGCUGUUUCGGCUACGUUCUGACACCUAUGAGCUGGAGUGAAGCUGAGAAGAACUGUGUCUCUAUGGGAGGACAUCUUGCAUCUGUCCACAGUGCUGAUGAAAAUCAGGACAUACAAAGCCUGAUAUGGUCCAUCACUCAUAACUAUAAAGACACAUGGGUUGGAGGCUCUGAUCAGAGCAAGGAAGGUGUCUGGACUUGGACUGAUGGUACACAAUUUUCGUUCAAAGGCUGGUGCCGUGGAGAGCCCAAUAAUUCUGGAAAUGGGCAGCAUUGCCUGCAGAUAAAUUAUCAAGUAAAUAGGUGCUGGGACGACUUUUUUUGUGAACAGAAAUAUCCAUCCAUCUGCGCCAAGAAAAUCUGACGACUCCUGGACUGGUUCAGGGACACGAUGAAGCUUCCAGUGUUACAACACUGGUGGAUCUGUGUUUCUGUUCAUCCUGUUCAACCACAUGUGUAACCUUCACUCAUUAUCACUCUUCAUCUUUAUUCUUCUCUAUCGCUGUAACGCUACAUAAGGAAUGAAGCAACCAGGAACAUAAUCAGUAGCUGGAUGUCUGUAUCAGGUCUUGUGACUUUAAAAAGAGCAGACUGAGUUAUGAAAAUGAUGAUUUUAGCUAAACCUUCCUCUGCAGACUAAACUAUCUCUUCUUGUCUUUUCCAAAUUAAAAACUUCAAGCAUUGCA